AUGAAUCGAUUGGUGGCCAUAUUCAGUUUCUGCCUGCUUUUGGUGGCAGGACAAUCGGUGGAGGAAGCACAGGAGGCACAGGUGUUGCCUGAUAGCACCACCCCCUGGAUCGACGAAGGCUUUCCGAAUGGAUCUGAAGAGCUCACCGAACUACCCGUGUCCAUCGUAGAGGAGGAACCAAGUGACGUCCACAAGAUAAACUGGCUGCCCGUGUGGGAGGAGCAGGAGCAUCCCAGAUUCGUCCGCCAAGUGGUGGAGACGCCGGCUGCCUCCAUCCAGACCCCUGAGCUCUCAACUCACAGCUCUCCCAAGGAGACGGCGGAGGAUGUGCUGCUGCCCAAGGACAACAAGGAGUGCCCCAGCAAUGCCGAGCGGGGCCUGACCAAUCUCGUCCGGGUGGCCCGUCCAAUUCUGCCAGCUCCGCGACUGAGAAACAUCCUGGCGAAUGCCGUCGAGGACCCCCAGGUUCGGGAUUUGAUCAAGUUGCUCCGCAGCGAUGGCCUCAAGGCUCAAGUUCAGCGCUUGAGAGCCACGAAGCAGCACCAGGUGCUCCAUGACUACAUCUGCCAGCGGCUCAAGCUGGAUCCCGCCUAUUACUUGGAGUUUGUGAGGGUGUUCCUCGAUGUGCACAUCACCGACCCGCCUACCAGUAAGCUUCCCAGCCGCCGACCGGGAGUCCGAGGACUCCUCCUGGAUCUCCGCGACGCCCUGCCCCGCGCCACCCUGAGGGACAUGUACCUGCGACUCUACUCCUCCGACGCGGAGCUUGCGAACUCCAUUCGUCUCAUCCGCGGCUCCGAGUUCCGCCGACUGCUGCGGGAUCUGCGCACCCUCAAGGAGUACCGUUCCCUGGCCACCGAGCUGGAGAAGGCCGGAGUUCCACUGCGCCAGCUGCAGCAGCUGGUGGCCAAUGCCCUGGGCUGGACCACCGUGGACAUGGGCACCGAAACAGUGAUCUGGAGUGUUUAG